AAACGAAAAAAAACUAAAACAAAACAAAACAAAAAAAAAAAAUCAAGUCAAAGUUGCAGGAAGAACUGGUGCCGGUGCUUCGCCUGAAGCGGUUGAUGGACCGUUUUGAUCCAGGGCUCCGCCCUCUGGGGGCGGCAAUCACAGGUUUACCGUCAACGACAUGGAUGUGCUGACCUACAAACUUCUUCAGUCAUCUUGUCCACUUCAUCUUGUGCGCUUCUUGGUGUGUGCGCUCAUCUUUUUUUUAAGGAAACGAUUGAUUUCCCUUCAGUACACCUUCCGAUCGCUCGUCAGCGGCCCAGUCAUACUCUUCCAUCGUUAUUUUUUUUUAUUGGCUUUCAGUGUCAUUUAGGCUCUUGACGUCGAUCAAAUUGGCCACAGCACUUGUUAGAAGAUAUUGAGAAUUAUUCGCGUGUCAGUUACUCUAGCAUACACCAUGAAAUGAUGCUACGAUAGUUUGCUACAUGAAAAAUUCGCAAACCGACGACGUUGCAACAGGCAGAGACAACGAGAUAGUGAAACAUGAAACGAGCACUUCUGAAUUUCCCGUCCAUUCCAUGCGACCUGCUGGAUUCCGGCAAGAGAGAAGAUUUCGUGCCAAUCCUGCAGGAAAGCACCGCCAGUAACACGAGCAGCGGGAGAACGCCGCCCAUUUACGUCAUAGGAGAGAAUGGCAAAAGCACCACGAAAAUCAGCCCACAUCCUCACAUCCCACCAUCCAAAGGGCCCUUGAAAUCAAGGCUGUCGUGCGACUUCAUGGAUACCGGAAUUUUGCCGAACGCCUCGCCGUUACCACCUCAUGGCUCUUCGGCAACAAGUGGAAUCGGCGGCCACUACUCCGGAUUAGAAGAGACGAGUGGAUGGAGUCGAUUCAAACUCCUUCUGUGGAAAAACUGGGUGGUCCAGAAGCGACACAAAAUUCAAACACUUGUUGAAAUUGCUUUGCCGGUGUUCUUCGCCUCAUUGCUGGUCAUCAUUCGCGAUUUAGCUCCGUCCGACGUCUUCCAAAAUGCGACAGUUUAUCCGGCCUAUCGUCUGAGUCAGAACUUGCCAGAUAUUCCAUCCGGUUCCAUUGCCAACAUGCCUUUACCCACUGUUGGAUCAAAGAUUAAUUUAGAUAACAUUUCUGCGUUGGAAACACUGAGCUCCCCUUCUUCGAUCAUGAUGUCGACUUUCAGUUUCGAUCCGUCGUUGAACUUUGAUCCGUUCGGUCUGUUGCCGCCUCGCAAGUGGCCCGUAGCCUGGGCUCCCAACAACACGGUGGUCCGCAACGUCAUGGAACGGUUAGCCAGGCGCUCUAAUCUGCGCGUCAGUAACUACGGCUUUGCCACCGAAGAAGAGAUGGAAGAUUUCAUCAUGAAAAAUUAUAAUGCCGGUUUAGGAGUCAAAUCUUCCAUUGAUUUUCUGGGCGGAAUUGUGUUUACCAAUGCUUUCCCCAAGGACGACACUUUCCCAAAAGACAUUCAAUUCAAAAUUCGAAUGAAAGGUUCGCCUCGAGUGAUGAACAACGACCGUAGCCCAUGGUCUCCAGUCGAAACGUGGAUGACCGACUACCAGUUUCCGAUCUUUCAACUGCCCGGGCCUCGGUUCAAGAAUCGAACGGAAGGCGGAAAUCCUGGCUACUACAAAGAAGGUUUUCUGACGCUUCAAGACGGUGUCAGCCGCGUUCUGAUAGAGAUGCUCUCCGGAAAGAGCACCAAUGACAUUGACAUCGAGAUGAGACGCUUUCCUUACCCGAUUUACGCUGAUGACAAAUUUCUGGUAGCGCUCCAAGGCUGGCUGCCCUUAAUUAUUAUGCUUAGCUUCAUUUAUCCGGCUCUUAAUAUUGUAAAGAGUAUUGUUCAUGAAAAGGAAAGACGCCUCAAGGAAUCCAUGAAAAUGAUGGGCCUUCCCAACUGGCUGCACUGGACAGCUUGGUUCGUGAAAUCGCUGGCCUUCAUCCUCAUUACUAUCAUUUUAAUUACCGCAUUGCUAAAGGCUCGCUGGUACGGUGGUUCGACACUGGCAGUGCUGGAGAAAUCGGAUGGCACUCUAUUCUUCUUUUUCAUGCUCAUCUUCGCCAUCACAAGCAUCUCGUUCUGCUUCCUCAUGACUGUAUUCUUCUCUAAAGCCAAUGCGGCCGCAACUGGAGCCGGUAUCAUCUGGUUCGUCACGUACUCGCCAUUCUUCUUCUUGCAGUUGCGCUACGCCACACUGACUCGCACUGAUAAAUUGAUUUCGUGCCUCUUUUCCAACACGGCAAUGGCUUUCGCUUCACAACUCAUGUCCAUGUUUGAAGGCUCAAGCGAGGGAAUCCAAUGGCAGAAUAUCAACCGUGGUGUGUCACCUGAUGACGACUUUACGUUCGGUGACGUCCUGGUUAUGUUAGCCAUUGACUCGGUUCUCUACCUCCUUCUGGCGCUUUACGUUGAAGCCGUUUUCCCCGGUGAAUUUGGCGUACCACAGCCAUGGUACUUCCCUUUUACGCGUGACUACUGGUGCGGUAGUUCUGUAGCCGCUCAGGAUAUUACACUCAGCGGCGCAGAGCGUACGGCCCGUAACGCCGAGUACAUUGAAGAAGAGCCGAUUGGAUUGAGAGCUGGCAUUCAAAUCAAAGGCCUGACUAAAGAAUAUCACAGAGGAAAAUUGGCCGUGAACAACAUUCACCUGAACAUGUAUGAGAGCCAGAUAACGGCACUACUGGGCCACAAUGGCGCCGGCAAAUCGACCACAAUGUCCAUGCUGACCGGCCUUUUCCCUCCUACCACCGGCACAGCUUUGGUCAAUGGUUUUGACAUUCGCAAAGACAUUCAAGGUGUUCGCGGUAGUCUAGGCUUGUGCCCGCAACAUGACAUUCUCUUUGACGAACUGACUGUCGAAGAGCAUUUGGAUUUUUUCUGUAAACUGAAAGGUUACCCAUCUCACUUGGUUCGAGCUGAGACGGAUCGCAUGGUGAAAGCUUUGCAACUAGAGAACAAGCGCCGGGCAAUGUCCUGUACUCUUUCCGGGGGCAUGAAACGGAAACUUUCGGUCGGCAUCGCCCUCUGUGGAGAAUCAAAGGUGGUGAUGUUAGACGAACCCACUUCCGGAAUGGACCCGUCCGCUCGUCGAUCGACGUGGGAUCUUUUGCAAUCGGAAAAGGUAGGCAGGACCAUUCUGCUUACCACUCAUUUCAUGGAGGAAGCUGAUUUGUUGGGCGAUCGCAUUGCCAUCAUGGCCAGCGGACAGAUUCAAUGUUGUGGUUCGUCCUUAUUUUUAAAGAAGAAAUAUGGGGCCGGAUAUCAUUUGGUGAUUGUGAAGGAAAGUAGCUGCGAUGUCCAACGCAUCACUGAGCUCAUCCGUAAAUCUAUUCCCGAAGUGUCCAUCAAUCAAAACGUCGGCGCCGAAUUGACGUAUCUUUUACCAAGCGACAAGUCGCAUUUAUUCCAGCACAUAUUCGAAGAGCUCGAGCAAAAUCGCCGAGCUUUAGGCAUCUCUAGUUAUGGUGCUAGCGUCACUACCAUGGAGGAGGUGUUCAUCCGCGUUGGUGAAAUCAAUGCCGGCCACCAAGAAAUGGAGAAACAGAACAUCAACAAACAGUAUAUCACUCAACAAGACACGUUAGUCAACCUCAAUUCCGCUUCAUCGACUCAGAGUCUACUGCAAGAUGGCACCAACGGGGAUCUCCGCAACAAAGGCUUCAACUUAUUCUGCCAGCAGCUGAGAGCCAUGCUGAACAAGAAGCUGUUGUACACAGUUCGCAAUUGGCUUUUAUUCACCGCCCAGCUCCUGAUUCCCGUCGCUUUCCUGGCGAUCAGUUUGAUCGUCUUGCAGACCGUUCCGGGCGUCACCAAUUCCAAGUCUCUUCCAAUCCGCCUGGAGAACUACUUGUCGACCAACACCCUGGUCGAGUUGGCCACUCCUGACAACAUCCUUGCUCGCAACUUAACCGAGAUCUACGCAGACCAAUUUGAUGCUACGGGGCACAACAAGUACGAACGGGUCGAUCUGCUCAAUCAGAGCAUGCUCGAGUAUUAUAACGAUCGAGCCAGCAAUGACCUGCCGGGAGUGAAUCUCCAUUUACUGACGGGCGUCACGUUUCGCACGCUACCGACGCGCAGAAGGCAAACGGAGAAAGUGUUGGCGACGGCCUGGUUUAACAACCAGCCCUACCACGUACCUCCGCUGACCCUCAACCUCAUCCACAACGCCUUGUUGAUCCAUCGCACUGGCGAUUCCGAGUACCGUCUAACCAUUAUCAAUCACCCGCUUCCGUUUGACGACUUUAGCAAACUCAAUAACGACGCGUCCAGCAGCUCUCUUGGUUUCCAAGUCGGCUUCAACAUAUCAUUCGGAAUGGCUUUCCUUGCCGCUAGCUUUGUCAUUUUUUUAGUGAAAGAACGUGUAACGAAAGCGAAGCAUCUUCAGUUCGUGUCGGGAGUCCACUUCAUCACCUUCUGGUUGGCCAAUAUGACUUGGGAUUUUAUUAAUUUCUUAGUUCCAUGUGCCGGCAUCCUGAUCACCUUUUUGUGCUUCAACGAAGACGGUUUCACAUCGUUCGAACAACAAGGGCGCAUCAUAUUGGUCUUCGUCCUCUACGGAUGGGCCAUGUUGCCGCUGAUGUAUCUGCUCUCUUUUCUCUUCUCCAUCCCGGCCACUGGAUUUACCCGCACUACGAUGUUUAAUAUAUUCACUGGUAUGGCCACUCUGAUCACUGUAGUGAUCUUGCAAAUUCCAGAGCUGCAGCUGGUUGAAGUUGCCGGCGUCCUAGACUGGAUUUUCAUGACUUUGCCCAAUUACAGUCUCGGCAUGGCCUUCAACAAUCUAUACACCAAUUCUCGCGCUGUUGAAUACUGUACACGACCCAUUGUUGUUUUCGCUUGUAAAACGGGCCUCAGGCCUAAUCCGUGCUGCAAAAAUACGGGAAACUGUGGCACGUCGGCUUGCAUACAAUAUAAUGAGGACCCGUUAGGUUGGGAUGGUCUCGGCAUUGGACGAAUGAUCACUUUCCUGGCAAUUGAUGGUCUCAUUUUUGUUAUCAUCUUGAUACUAAUCGAACUCCGGUUAUGGGAAAAGUUUUGCGACUUCUGUUGUUCGCUCUAUCCUGUUUCUAGCGAUGAGUUUGUUAACCCAGAAAAUGGAAUGGUAAUUCCAGCGGAGGACGACGAUGUAGCACGCGAACGUGAGCUGAUUCAAAGCAAACCAGUUACCGUUUUGCAGAAAGACAACAACCUUGUUAUCAAGGAUUUGGUUAAAUAUUAUGACCAAGGAUUUCGAGCAGUGGACCGCUUAUGCUUAGGUGUCCGACGGGGCGAGUGUUUCGGUUUGCUUGGCAUUAACGGAGCUGGCAAGACGACUACCUUCAAAAUGCUCACAGGUGACAUCGGUGUAUCAAACGGUGAUGCCUAUCUUGAUGGAUUCAGCGUUUGCAAGAACAUGAAAGCGGUCCAGCGCCGUUUGGGUUACUGUCCUCAAUUUGACGCUACUAUUGACGAAAUGACCGGCCGGGAGACUUUACGUAUGUUUGCUAACCUGAGAGGUGUCCCAGAGCGCAGCGUUGAGGCAGUGGUUGAAGAUCUAACUGAUAAACUUCUUCUUCGCGAUCACAUCGAGAAAAAAGUCAAAGAAUUGAGUGGUGGUAACAAACGCAAGUUGAGUACCGCCGUGGCUCUGAUUGGUGAUCCACCAAUCGUUUUCUUAGACGAGCCGACCACAGGUAUGGACCCAGUAGCCAGAAGACAACUUUGGGAUACCAUUGCUCAUGUUCGAGACAGCGGACAAGCAAUCGUAUUGACGUCACAUAGUAUGGAAGAAUGCGAAGCGUUGUGCACUCGGAUCGCCAUUAUGGUCAAUGGUCAAUUUAAGUGUCUCGGCUCUUCUCAACAUUUAAAGAGCAAAUUUGGACAAGGAUACACGCUUAUAGCGAAGGUGAGGGCUUCACCAGAAGUCAACCUACCAAGCGGUGUAUCCCAUCCAACACAUACAUCAAUUGAUCAAGAAGAUUCUAGUAGAGGAGGAUCCAUUCGCUUCCGAUCUGGAAGCAGUAAAACGAUCAAUAGUAACGUCGUAUCUGCUCAAAACCCUUUACGGGCUAUACCUGAUAUGGGACCCAUCAUGGAUUUCAUUCAAACAAGUUUUCCUGGUGCCCAGUUAAAAGACUAUCACCAAGGGCUGGUGCAUUACCACCUACCCGAAUCAGGUCAGUCUUGGGCUCGCAUUUUUGGACUGAUGGAGAGCGCCAAAAACAAAUAUCAAAUUGAAGAUUAUUCGGUCGGCCAAACUACUCUUGAACAAGUAUUCUUAAAUUUUGCUAAAAGUCAAGUGGGCGAGGAUAUCAACGGUCGUGGUCGAACCAACAUGAACGUCAUUAACAACCUCCUACAUAGCCUAUGCUCAUGCUCGAAGGUGUGUUCUUGGGAGUGUACGGUUGAUUUCGACUAAAUGAUGAACCUACCUUUCGUCUUCUGUGCGGCCGCUGCUAACAUGGUGGUGAUACACAUCAUGAAUGUGUUAAGUCUUCUCUUUCACCGUCUCAAGUGCAAGGAUGUAAAUCUGGGUAUAACCGAACUAUAUGUGUGUUUACUAAAGCGCGAAUGUAGGGUCUGUGUUUCUGUGCCAAGAAAUAAUUUGCGCAACAUGGACUUCGCUUUCAUCUUAUGCCCCUGACGAAGACAACUCGAGUCGCAUUAUAUUUCUGUACUAUCAAACAAUUAAAGGAGAUUAUUAAGGCUUUGUUUAGUUUCCCAUCGCCGUGUGAUUGAUUCAUUCAAGGCGGUGCAGUCCAUUUUUUUAAACUUCUAAUGCAAUAUGCAGCUUUUUUCCUUGGUGAUUUCCCAAAGGAAUUCAAGCCAUUUUUUCAAGGACAUAAUUUAUUUGUGUGUACAUGCGUUAUAUCUCGUUAUAUCGCACACAUAGCUGGGAAGCAGUCCUCCAACGAUUUUGCGUUGAUUUCAAUGAAAUAGCCUAGUAUUUAUGAGACAGCAAAGAAAUAAUUGAUGAUGCGCUCGACUGCUCACAAACUAUGACCUGCAUUUGGUUUGCAAGUUUUUAUCUUACAUCUAAAUUAUUUUUAACUUAUUCGGACGUAAGAGUAGAAGUAAGUUGCAGGAAGUGGAUUACCCAGCUUACUCCUAACUGUACAUCAUUGUUCUAGAGCAGAUUCGUUUUUAAUAUCACCCAUUUUGUGUUGGUUGCGCGUUUCUUUUUUGUCUUUUUUUCAGUAUUGACUAAGAAUGCCUUCUUGGUGCAUAUUUAUGUCUAUACAAAUGCAGUGACAUCAUGGAUUUUAUUUAUUUUUAUUAUUAUUUAAGGGGGAAUUGAUGAGUGUGUAUUUACUUUUACUGUGUAUGUUAUGACAAUCUGUUUGCUCAAAGAUGCGGAAUAAAAAAAUUUAUUGAAUUUAA